AUGAAGCCAGAGCAGAAGGACAUCGACGAGUCGAUCGAGAUCAUCCAACAGGCCGUCGUCGACCUUGACUCUGCCUCGCUUAACGCUGCCAUUGGUCUGCUCGAGAAUACUGCCCCAGCUGGCAAGACUGCCGGCAAGUGCCAAGAGGAGUUGGUCGAGAUCUCCAGACAGCUGGCCUCGUCCAUGAAGGUGUUCCUCGCUGCACCAAAGGAUGCACCACAGAACCUCGGCAAGUCUGCCAAGGAGACCGCCCACAUUCUGCCAAAGAUUGUCAAGGUGUCCAAGGAGUUGGCUUCGCUCACCACCAACACCGAGAUCAAGCAGACCCAGCUGCAGUUGUCCAAGAAGUUGGCCGACAGCAUGUUGGAGUUGAUGAUUGCCGCCAAGGGUGGCGAUGUCAGCGACUCCAAGCAGGCCUACAACGCCUCGCAGGCCAUCGCCGAUAUUCUCACAUCAGUCAAGGGCGGUGUCAUGCAGUCACGUGACUGUGAUGAGGCCAUCCAGACCAUCAACAAGUCCAAGGAGACUCUGUUCAAGCCAGCCAACGACUCAAAGGGCAAGACCUACCAGGAGUACAAGGACGACACCACCGAGAUCGCCAAGGCAUUGGCUCUCGGUAUCUCAUCUUUGGUAACUGCCACCAAGAACAAGCCAGAGGAGAUCGGUUCGAACGCCCUCAACGUCGGAGGCAUCAUCCCAAGACUUGUGGAGAGCACUCGUACUACCGCCGCCGCCACCAACGACGCCGCUGCCCGCCAGAAGUUGCUUGAGGCCACCAACGGCAUUGUUGGCGCCACCGCUUCGAUCAUCCACGACGCUAAGUUGGCCAGCGCUGACCACAAGAACGCUGCCCUGCAGGCAAAGAUCAACGACAACUUCAAGAACAUCACCACAACCAUCGCCACCCUUAUCAGUGCGCUCAAGGCUGGUGCCACAGGUGACCGUGACAUUGACAAUGCAUUGGAAUCCAUCUCGAGAGUCACCUCUGACCUCGAUGCCGCCUCGCUCUUUGCCGCUGCCGGUCAGGUCGAUGUUGACACCACUGGACACACCCCACAGCAGGUCCAGGCUGACAUUGAUCGUCUGGCCAAGGAGCUGCACGCCGCCAACCAGGUGUUGAUCAAGUCGGCCACCAUCGAGGAGGUCGGAACCAACGCCAAGCACAUUGCCAGUCUCGACCAGCAAUUGUCCCAAGCUACCAAGGUCUGUGCCGCCCUCACCUCUGACCCAUCGAUGCAGCAGAAUAUCCUCAAUGCCUCGAGAAACGUCAGUUCAUCGCUGCAGUCAACCAUCUCUGCCACCAGAAACGCACAGAAGAACCCCAACCCAACCACCAAGGGCCAGAUGACCACUGCCUCCAAGAACCUCGACGAGUCGAUCGACUCGCUGAAGACCCUGGCCAACUCAUCCACCUCCACAAAGGGUAUCCGCGAGUUGGACUCUGUCGCUGUCGAGAUCAGAAAGCAGUUGGGCAACUACGACACCCCCAACGCACCAAAGAACGCGUCAGCCACCGCCGAGGACGUCGUCACCUCUGCCAAGUCAUUGGCCGAGUCGAUUGCCUACUUGGUCAGCUCGACCAACACUGCACCAGACGAGCUCAAUGAGGCUUCCAAGGGAACGAUCGCAUCAGUCAGAUCCCUGCUGCAGAAUGCCAAGGGUGCCACUCGUCUCACAGACGACGCAGUCAUCCAACAGAACGUCACAGAGUCAGCCAAGGAUGCUUCCAACAAGAUCCUCAAGCUGAUCCAAGCCGCCAAGAACGUCCGUUCCGACCCAACCAACCACCAGGCACAGAACAAGUUGUCUGACGCCUCUGGUGAGGUGGCUGAGGCCAUCAACGAGGUCGUGUCUGCCGCUGGUGAUUUGCCAGGUGGAGAGAGAGCCAAGAAGCUCUUCCAGGCUGGUGAGAACCUUGAGGAGAUGGCCGAGAAGGAGUUGAAGGAGGCCGCCAGAGUCAUUGAGGAGGCUACCGCCGCCCUGCUCAAGGCCAAGAAGAAGCGUGAGGACGCUCGUGCCGCCUCUGGCAUUGAUGAGGCAGGUAUCGAUGAGGCUAUCCUCGAGGCUGCCCGUGCCAUUACCAGUGCCACCGGUAUCCUGGUCAACUGUGCCACCGCCGUGCAACACGAGUUGGUCGUUCAGGGUAAGGUCAACAAGGGAGGCGCCAACGUCUACCGUCGUGACCCAACAUGGGCUCGUGGACUUAUCUCUGCUGCCCAGGCCGUCGCCGGAUCUGUCCAGACCCUCGUGGUGUCUGCCAACGACUCCACCCAAGGAAAGGCUGAGGAGGAGACUCUGGUCGCCGCCGCCAAGGGUGUCGCUGCCACAACUGCCCGUCUUGUCGCUGCUAGCAGAGCCAAGGCUGACAUCAACAGUGCUUCCAACUCACAGCUGUCGCAGGCUGCCAAGCAAGUGUCUGGCGCCACCGCCCAGCUUGUCGAGGCUGCCAAGUCAGUUGGCCAACAGAUGGAGGAGGAGACUGCUUUUGAUUCAUCGAGCAUGUCCGUCACUGGACUCAAGGUGCACGAGAUGGAGGCUCAGGUCAAGAUUCUCAAACUGAAGAAGGAGUUGGAGCAGGCCGAGAAGAAGCUGUUCUCAAUCAGAAAGCAAGAGUACGCCGAUCAGACUGGACCAACCACUCCAGCCCCAGCCCCAACCCCCGCCCCAGUUGCCGCUGCACCAAAGCCAGUUGCCAAGGUCGCCCCAGGCCCACCACGUCCCGCUGUCUCACCCGCCACUGGACAGCCACUCAAGCCAGCUGCCAAGCUCCCACCAAGACCAUCUGUUGGUGCUGCCCCAUCUCCUGUCGCUGCUGCUCCAGCCCCAGUCCCAGCUGCCGCUCCAGCACCAGUUAAGCCAGCUGCCAAGCUUGCACCAAAGCCAGCUGCUGCACCAUCCAAUGCCACUACCAACGUCCCACUGAGUGAGCUCGUCAAGAAGCCAGCUCAUCUGGACUCCAACAACCUCGAGAACUAUCUGAGUGACUCAGACUUCCAGUCAAUGUUCAAGAUGCCAAGAGACGAGUUCGCUAAGCUUCCAGCAUGGAGGAAGAACAAGGAGAAGCAAGCCUUCGGACUGUUCUAA